AGACCGACCCCCCACCCCGCAGCCCAGGCCGGGGCCCCGAACCCAGCGGGUGCCGCGUCUCUACCUGGGGCCUCCAUCACCUCCACCGAGCCAUGUACCAGGCUGCAGGAGCUGCCCAGGCCACCCCCUCUCAUGAAGCCAAAGGCAGCGGUGGCAGCAGCACUGUCCAGCGCUCCAAGUCCUUCAGCCUUCGGGCCCAGGUGAAGGAGAGCUGUGCCGCCUGCCAGAAGACCGUGUACCCUAUGGAGCGCCUGGUGGCGGACAAGCUCAUUUUCCACAACUCUUGCUUCUGUUGCAAGCACUGUCACACCAAGCUGAGCCUGGGCAGCUACGCGGCACUGCACGGGGAAUUUUACUGCAAGCCCCACUUUCAGCAGCUGUUUAAGAGCAAAGGCAACUAUGAUGAGGGCUUUGGCCGGAAGCAGCACAAGGAGCUCUGGGCCCACAAGGAGGUGGACGCCGGCACCAAGACGGCCUGAGGCCCCUCUGCUGUCCACCCCCUCCGUAGAAGAGGGCCUGGAGUGGGGCAAUGGGAAGGGUGGGAAAGAGAUUGGACCUGGGCUUCGGUUG